AUGAAAACGAAGGAUUUAUCAUGUUGGUUUUCUCAUUGCCUAGCGUCACCAAGUUCACACGAUGGUAUUUGUGCGAAUGCGACGUGGAACAAGAUUGGUACUAUUGUGGCCGGAGGAAAUGGACAAGGAUCUGGAUUGAACCAACUGAACAAGCCAUCGGGAUUGUUUGUAGAUGACGAUGAUGCCGUCUAUAUUGUGGAUGGCAUGAACGACAGAGUAGUAAAAUGGAGGCCUGGAGAUUCGAGUGGCCAAGUGGUUGCUGGUGGAAAUGGACCAGGUAAUCACACUGAUCAGCUAGAUGAUGCAUCAAGUAUUGUUGUUGACAAGAAUGGGACCAUGUUUAUUUGCGAUUCUCGAAAUACUCGAGUACUACAAUGGGUCAAGGGCGAAAAUCAGGCACAAAUAAUCGUUGAUAAUAUACUAUGCUGGGGACUGGCAAUGGACUACGAAGGUUCAUUGUAUGUUGCUGAUGCUCAUGAACAUGAAAUAAAGAAGUGGCCCGAUAAUCAAAUAGUUGCAGGUGGAAACGGAGAAGGAGCUGCUCUGAAUCAACUUCGAUUCUUCGCUCAUAUAUUUGUCGAUCGGGAUAAAUCAGUUUACGUUGCCGACGAUGGUAAUCAUCGAGUGAUGAAAUGGAUUGUGGGUGCCAAAGAAGGUAUUGUUGUGGCUGGUGGUAAUGGACAAGGAGAUCACAUGGAUCAGUUGAGUGAUCCUCAGUCAAUGAUCGUUGAUCAAUUGGGCACUGUCUAUGUGGCAGACUGGGGCAAUCACAGAAUUAUGCGUUGGUUCAACGGCUCCAAGUCUGGUAGUGUCAUCAUCGAUGAUCGGAGUGAGGCAAAUCCGCUAGAACUGCCGAUCGAUUUGACAUUUGAUCGACACGGAAACUUAUAUGUAGUCGAUUAUUAUAGCCAUUACGUUAAAAUGUACGCUAUUGAUAAGACUUCUUGUUCUACGGAUACAUUUUAG